CGCAAAAGCAAAAGCAAAAGCCAUGGAUCCCUACUUCCAGCAGAGACUCAGAGAUGAAGUAAUCUACCUCCACUCUCUCUGGCACCAAGGUCCCCCUUCCUCCUCCUCUUCUAAUCCUAACCCUAGAUUCCACCAACCCAAUCCCAAUCCCAAUCCCAAUCCCAAUCCGUAUAACAGACCCAGACCCAGAAGAAAUGUUACAAACCCCUCGCAACCCGACCCCCUUCCCCAAUCGGGUCAUCAAGGCCCCUCCUCCUCCUCCUCCUCCUCUAAGAGGAAGAGAAACAGAAAUUCAAGGCAUGAAAGAGAGAGACCGGCCAAGAAGAACCCCGCCCAACCCGACCCGCUUCCUCCGCAUUCCGGCCCUCCUUGGCCCUGCCCUAGCCCCGCCUGUGACUCUACCCCGGGCUCAUCCACCCAGUGGCCUGCAAUACCGGCCAAGCCCAAUUCGGCUUCGGUGGCCCAACCCCCUUUCCCUGCAGAACAAGCAAGGCUCGCUGCACUGAAACUGCAGCACGGCGCCCUGGACUCUUGCCGGGGGUUGUUUUCCGGCAAUGCUGGGUCGGACGGGGAGGAGUCCGAGGCGGAAGAGAGUGAAGAUGGAAAGGACUACUGGGUUGAGAACGGUGAAACAGAGGAGUACAAGGUGCUGUUGAAUUUGUUUGUGGAGAGGAGUGAGCUGAGGAGGUACUAUGAGGUGAAUUUUGAGAAUGGGGAGUUCUGUUGCUUGGUGUGCGACGUGUUGGGAAAGAAGAAGAGGGUCAGGAGCUGUGUUGGGCUUGUUCAGCACUCGAUUUCCAUUACCAACACGAAGAAGAAGCGGGUUCAUAGGGCUUUUGCACAGGUGGUGUGUAAGGUUUUGGGUUGGGAUUUUGACAGGCUGCCGACGAUUGUGCUCAAAGGCGAAAGGCUCGGCCUUUCGUUGGAGAAACAGGGCCAGGAACAAGGUGAGGCUGACGUGAAUGCUGGUUCAUCUGAGGGAGUUUUGGUUUCUGUUGAAGACAAUGUGGCACUUGAAAAUGCUAUGGAAGCUGAAAUUUCUUUGGAAGACAAUGUGGCAUCCGAAAAUGCUGUGGAAGACAAUGUGGCACCCAAAGACGCUAUGGAGGACGAUGUAGCACCUGGAGACACUCUGGAAGACAAUGUUGUAGCUGAAAAUGCUAGGGAAGAUAAUCUGGCAGCCAAAAACGCUGUGGAAGACAAUCUGGUGACUAAAAAUGCUAUGGAAGACAACUUGCCAGCCGAAAAGGCUAUGGAAAUCGAAAAUGCUGUGAAAAGCAAUGUGGUAGCAGAAAAUGCCGUUGAAGACAAUGUGGCAAUUGAAAAUUCUGUUGAAGAGAUAGUGACAGCUGAAAAUGCUGACGAAGAUAUUUUGCCAGCUGAAACCAAUGCUGUGUGUAAAGAAGUAAUGGAUUGCCAGAAAUCUUUCGAAGGUGAUAAUACAAAUGAAAGCACAAAAAGCAUGGAUAACGAAAUAUCAGAAAUGGAAGCAAACAAAGAAACAGUGGAUACUUGGGGAACUGAUCAAACAAUGGUGUCAAAGAAUGAAUGGCCAUGUAAAGAGUCCAGCAUUUCCUCAUCGACAGUGUUAGGUUGGCCAACCUUUACUUCUCCUCCAGCUUCUGCAACAUGCUCUAUUCCAGUGGAAGAACAAGCUAGGUCUGCUGCAGCGAGGAUACAGCAGAAGGCCUUGAAAGAAUGCCUGGAUUUCUUUUCUGAGAGAGAUGGCUCAUACAGUGAUGAAGACAACAGCGAAGAUGACGAGGAAGGUGAUUUGAUGGAUGAAGAUGGGUGUGAGGAAAGUGAGCUAAAGUUCUUUUCAAGAAUAUUUACGGAGGAUGGUGAGUUGAGGAGUUUUUAUGAGAAAAAUUACGAAGGUGGGGAAUUUUGCUGUUUAGUUUGUUGUGCAUUAAUGAAGAAAGGGUGGAAGAGGUUUAAAGGUGGUGUUGCGCUUCUUCAGCACUGCAAUGCAAUAUUGAAGACAAAGAAGAAGGCGGCUCAUAGGGCUUAUGGGCAGGUUAUUUGUAAACUCCUUGGUUGGGAUAUUGGUCGGCCUCCAACCAUUGGCUCCAUGGAUAAAACUCUUGGAGAACCUUUGUCAGAGUCGAACAAUUUGCCGGGUGAAGUGGAGGAAAAUGUUGACGAUCACAAGGAUAACAUGGUUGUAUCAAAUGAAAAUGUGGACUGCAUGAGUGGUUAUAAUCGUGAAAUGGUUUCAAAUGAGGAAUCUGAUGUUGCUCACAGUAACGGAACAUCAAUGACACAUGAGAUGCAGGGUGUGCCCUUGGAAAAUGUGGUUGUUUCAAAUGAAAAUAUGGACUCUAUCAGUGGUUAUAAUGGCGAAACAGUUCCAAUAGAGGAAUCUGAUGGUGCUCACGGUGAUGGAACAUUUACGGUACCUGGGUUGCAGGUGAGUAUGAACUCAGUUGUUCACUCCUCAACAAAGUCAGGCGAGUCGGAGGCUGAACCUGACAAAAAUGUGGAUGGUCGGAAUGAAGAUUUGAAUGUCUUUGUGGAAAAUUUAGAAACAGUGGUAAUGUUCACAUAACUUCCAAAGAGGUACGUGUUUGGCAAUCCUAGUUAUAUUCGAGUGCAACGACAUCACUUUUCCCGGCAGGACAAUCCUAAGAGAGAUCAGCUUGGUCACAAUGACGGUUCGGUGUAUCGAUCAUCAUUUAAGUUGAUCUUGUGAAUCAAUGGUAGAAUUUCGUAUGUGGCACUUUUACGCAGGUACUAAGUAAUAUUGUAAAUGUAAACUUCGCUAAAGCUUUUGCAAGGCCAUUCUUCAACGGACGAGUUGAAUAUAUGCAUUUGUCCUUUUGAAAGA